CCAGUUCCGAAAUCACACUCAGCCACCCCCACCGCCACCAUGUCUGACGUCAACGCCCUCGUGAUCGAACCCUUGAAGCAGUUCGCCAAGAACAGCGUCCACUUAGUCAAGAAGUGCACCAAGCCGGACCGCAAAGAAUUUGCCCGCAUUGCCGGUGCCACCGGGGUUGGCUUCCUCCUCAUGGGCUUCAUUGGGUUCUUCGUCAAGUUGGUCCACAUCCCCAUCAACAACAUCCUUGUCGGCGGCGGCAGUGCCUAAACGCUAUUCGUGUCCACCGUCUCCGUGCAUGUUGUCGCAACGAGAGGCACCGGACCACGUUUAGAACCCUUGUUAGAGUAAGGAGAUAGUUUAUUAGUAUGAGUCUCAAUAUCAAAUGACAUUCCACCAUGA